AGGCUAAGUGACCUUGUGCAAACAUUUUAGUUUUGUGCUUUAUCAUUUUUAAAAUAAAAUCAACGUCAGAGUUCAACCUGGGGUCUCGCAGGAACGCCUGACGUCAGCAUGUUGGGAGGCGCCAAGGGGCACCUGUGAACUUAUUAACAGUUUCAUGACAGAGCAUUUCUGUCGUUUCGAAAAAAAUAAGUGAUUCACUUUGAUUCAAUUUGAUUCAAUUCCCUAGUGAUUCACUUUGACCCACUAACUACUGUUGUUACUAAUGUAGCACAGAUACUCAUUUUUCUUUUCCAGACAGUGAAACUCAGGCACAGAAAGGCAAAUUCACCUCUUUCAAUGACUUAUUCCCAUUAUGAGUACAACAAAUGAAGAGAGUACAGGACCAUGACGACAGAAUGAAUAUUCUUCUACUAUAAAAAAAAUAAUAAUCAUGGUCAAGAAUUCCAUGUUUUCCUUCUUUAAAAAGUGCUUUUUAGCUGAAAUUAUAUCAAAAUAUUUUUAUCAGGUUAUCUACUGAACAUCUCAAAAUGAUAAACUUUUUUUCCCUUUGACAGCCAAUAAAUAGAAGGAAAUAGGAGAUAGUUUUGUCACCCAAAGUGUAACUGUUUAUCGUAUCUAUUAAAAACCAACAUUUUCAGAGUUUAUCUUUCUGAUAAAUUGUCUAAUUGCCAAGUUUUAGGAAUCUUUUAACAAAUUACUUGAAAGUUUAUUCUUGAAUUAAGUUAUUUUUUUGCCUCACAAAUUUUGAAGACCAAGGAUAUCUGGCAAUGGGCUGCCAGGCUUUAAGCAUUCCCGUUUAGCUCAGGUUAUUUGAUAUUAUAAUAUGGAUUGAAUUUUUUCUAAUCAUUUAUUAAUAAUUUUUACUGUCACUUAAUUUCCAGUAUUGCCCAUGUGUGUUUGCAGUGUAUAAAUUCCUGUCACAUUUCAAGAAUUUCUCCCAUAAUUGAUACUAACUUAAAAACAGCAUUUUGUGAGAUUUGAUCUACCAUGAUAGAUUUGAUUAUCUUCACAGCUAAAAUGUAUGUGGCAAACUUCUCAAAUUUGUGAAGCAUUCUCUAACAUAAGCUCAAUCUUAAAAUCACUUCUUAAAGAACUUUAGAAGAGUACCAUAUCAGGGUGUCAUUUAUUUAUGGAACUUUAGGAUAGAAGCAUGAUCACACGCCAUGUCAGCUUUUCGAUAUGUUUUUCAACUGGGGUCCUAGGAUAUUCCAAGAGGGCCACAUGGGGAGAUUGUGUAAAUGGGGGAACAUGGCACAAGACGAGGGCGCAAACUGGUAGGACAGACAGACCAUAGGAAGGAAACAAGGUCAGCAGGGACCACAGUCAGGAAAAGAUCAAGAAACAUCUUGUCGAAAUUUCUUUCAAAAGUCCACCCUGGGUAAAGCACCUAGAAUAUUGGUAGGUUUAACCUCCGGAGUCUGACUCUGAAGCAAUCGUCAGUUUUGGAAUUGGUCAUGCUUCUGGCUUUGGCCAACUGUCUCGAUGUUUCCUCACUUCCAAGAUACUUACUAACAUUAGCUUUCUGUCCUAAGAGGAAUUUUGUGUGAAUUUUAGAUACUAUUCUGAGAGCACCUGUAUACUACACUCAGAUAAUAAGUAGAUCCAGAGACAAAAUCGAUGCUUCCUCAAGAGAAGAGCAUCUAAAAUAUUGACUGCCUUGGUUUUCUCAAGGCCAAGGAAGAACAUAAUGAAUCUCAAAAUAUGGUUUGUGCCAUUUUGUUGUUUUCAUAGCUAAAAUGUAUGUGCCAAACUUCUCAGAUUUGUGGCACUUACUGAAUCUUCAGAGUUCAUACAUAUUUGAAUUUUCAGUUAAAAUAUUUUAACUUCUACUCAGUAUUCAAAGUUUACAUAAAGCCCUGAACUUUUAAAAAAUUUUUAAAAGUUUCUGAAUUAACUGCUUAAAAGAUCUGUUUUUUUUUUUUCAGAGAGAUUUAGAUAUUUUCAAAUAAAUUUUUGUUCAGCUCACUAAACCAAAUAGAAAACUUUUCCAUAUCAUCCAGUGGAAUUGUUUUACAUGGUCAAAAGCACAGGUCUGUUUAUAAACCGUCUCCCCUGGGUCUGUUGUACAGUCUCCAUGAACAUGGAGACAUGGAAAAGGUACAUUGUAGAUUAUUCUUAAGAUUCUACCCAAACCACAAUGCAAGUACAUUUAAACACAGUGCAAGUACAAUGUGCUGUUAGAGCGACUGAAAUCUGAGCCCGUUUCAGUUCAAUAAUUCCCAAGUUAUGGUCCAUAUGCUGUGACUUAUCCGACUUUUGAACAAUGGAAAUAUGCCUGGAAACUAAGUUUGGUGUAAGUUGUUUUCUUACCCCUGGCUGAUGAAGAAAAUAAUCAUAUAAAAGUGGAACUCUUUGCAUCUUUGUGUGCUUUUUCAUGUUGAAUUCAUUCCCUCUGCUUUCCUUAUUUGGAGACUCUUCAAUGGAUCAUGUCAUUUAAGUGUCAAAUAUAUUUUUGUACUAGAUUGUGCCUCUAAUAAGUGAAAUCUCUGAUGUAGAUUGUAUGUACUCUGAAAACACUUUUAUAAUUAGACACAGUUGGAGGCUUGGUCUGAUAACAAUGUGAUAAACACCUCUGUGGAUAGUAUACUUAAAAUUGUACUAUUAUUGGGAGAGGUACUCUUAUUGUAGCAUAUAGUGGCUAAAAGAAUUUGAAUAAUUGUUACUAUCAGAUGUCAAAGAAAAUUAGAAUACUUAUUGUCAGAUAUUGAGUCAAUUAUUUAUAAAAUUUGCACUUUCAUGUUUCUCCCAACUUAAAGAACAGUGCACUUCUGAUUUUUAAAAUGCAUUUUAUUUUUAUGUAUGUUUAUGUGCAUACAAAUUCACAUGUGGUUUUUGUGUGUGUAAACGGUCCUAGUUACAUGCAUCAUUGAGGAAAUAGUGGCAAGUUUCAAAUAUUGCCUUGAACCUACAAAGAUAUGCAUAUACACAGUAAUGUGCUGUUUAGUAUUUGAUACAUAAUUUUUUGUUUUAUAGAAAAAAAUCUCAGUCCUCUCAGAGGAAGAGACUUAGAAGUUGGGAAGAAGAAAUCCAGAAAGAGAAAAAGCUGAGGGCGAGCAAGAAAACAAAAAUGUGUUCCUCCCGAAAUGUGAUUAAAAAAAAUUUGAGCACAUUGUAAAUUAACUUUGUGGUGAAAAGGAACAAGAGAACUAAACUUUAUCAACUAGUUGACUGGACAUCAAAUAGAAAUGACACACUUUCAACCCCAGUGAUAUUUGGGUUCCAUUUAAUUUCACCCAAGAGCCACCCUACUCAGCUUGUGGUUCAGUUGGGUUCUAGGGAAAGGCAUAGGAAAGACAUUUUACUUAGGGGAUGAUUACAAUGUAGGUAGCCUAAAUUAAAGAAACAUUGCCUCCGGGAGAGUAUAAACAUUUUAUAGACCAAAGUUAUGCUCCAUCAGUGCAUAUAUCAUGGGGCCACUGAAGAAAUGCUUCUAACUCACUGAUUUCUAAAGGAUACUUCUUAGCUGAGUUAUCAAGAAGAAGGUUGUCUGGUGAAAAUGAUGGCUGGAAGAAUGUCUGAUACUUUGCACUGAUGAGUAAAGGAACAGAGGAGCAGGAGUGGCUGUAUUCCAGCCCAGUGGUUUAGAGUCAAAUGGAAACCAAAAAGUGGGAGUUGAGAUAAAGACAUCCUGCCAAAAUGAUUUCUUCAAAGCCCAGACUUGUCAUACCUUAUGGCCUCAAGACUCUGCUGGAGGGAGUAAGCCGAGCUGUUCUCAAAGUCAACCCGUCAAACAUCAACCAGUUUGCAGCAUGUUAUUUUAAAGAACUUAUUGUGUUUAGAGAAGAGAAUGGGUGUCUGGACAUGAAAGAUCUGAUUAAACUAUUUCAUCAGGUUAAAGUAGAGAAAUGGUCAGAAGGAGCGACACAAGAGAAGAAAACAGAAAGUGUUAAAGAGUCAGAACGAGCACCUUUAAUUUGUGAAGAACCUAAACGGAUGGAAAAAUCUACGGACACAGCAGAGGACAAUAUGUGUGCAACAUCACCUAACAACAAAACUACUCAGUUCCCAUCAUUUCAUGUUCCACUCCAAGAUGAGGAGAAAACUGAAGCAACUUGUGGUCCUUCAAAACCAGCCACCCCUAAGAGUUCCACCCCACCUACAUCACCAUCUCCAGAAUUGGCUUAUGUGCCUGCGGAUCCAGCUCAGUUUGCUGCACAGAUGCUAGCAAUAGCAGCAAGUGAAGCAGGACAACCACCACCAUAUUCUAACAUGUGGACCCUUUAUUGUCUAACUGAUAUGAAUCAACAAAGUCGCCCGUCACCGCCACCUGCACCUGGGCCUUUUCCCCAAGCAACCCUCUAUUUAUCUAAUCCUAAGGAACCACAGUUUCUGCAGCAUCCACCGAAAGUUACUUCUCCAACCUAUGUGAUGAUGGACGACAACAAGAAGACCAAUGCCCCACCUUUUAUUUUAGUAGGCUCCAAUGUUCAGGAAGCUCAGGAUUGGAAAACGCUUCCUGGACAUCCUGUUCCACAGUCGGAAGCCUUGAAGAGAUAUGCUGCAGUACCAGUGCCCAUUGCUGUCCCUGCAGAACAUAAAUUCCAGAAACAUGUCCCUACUCCCCAGAAUGCCAGUCCGCCUACAGGCAGGCAAGAGGGCCCCAGACCACAAAGUCCAGUUUUUCUUUCUGUUGCUUUCCCAGUAGAAGAUGUAGCAAAAAAGGUUUCCCAAAAAGGUACAGGAUCUGGGGAAAAACCUGCCCCCUUUGGAAGUUACGGUAUUGCUGGAGAAAUUACUGUAACUACUGCCCAUGUUCGCAGAACAGAAAGUUAAAAACUGGUAGGUAAAGCUGCCUGCCACAGUACGUGGGUCCUAACCUGAGUUUUCCACAUUUUGAUUUGUUCACCUGGAAAUUGAGAUAUUUUAAAAAAUUAAAUUGAGAUAUGCAAUGA